UGUUCGUCCGAAGCUACAUGCUCCGACGCUGCUAAACGGGGCUAAACGGUAGCUGUAACUUCAACUUUGCGAUGGCCCAAACGGUGCUUAAAGUGACCGUGCGGCUGCUGCUAAUCGGUUUAGCCGUAGCCCCACUAGUGUACGGGCUCAGUGCGUACCUUGGUGAAAACGAAGCCGCUGAAGGUGCAACAGUUGACGAAGUGCUUCAAUUGAUUGGCGAUCGAACAUCGAAUGGCCCAGCAGGAAAUGCUGCACCGCACAAAAAAACGUUUGCCCAACGAAAACAGGAACGAGAACAGAAGCAUCUCGAUCUGAACGUGCUGCUUCGCAAACGUCGCGCCCCACAAGGUUCACCAUCAAUUGACGCAAAGGCGGCGCAACCGCGCAAAGAAUGUCGUACGCGUGCCGGCGAAAAAGGCUACUGUACGCGCUACCAGAACUGCAAGGGUCCGGAGCUACGGGACAACGUCUGGUCGAUACUGCAGCAUCUCUGCCUGAUCGAUGGUCUCACGGUCGGUAUCUGCUGUCCGGACGUGGUCCAGGAAGGCAAUGGGCCCGAGUUCUCCCUUCGGCUUCCAGCUACGGCCGAUUCGUACGACGAUGUGGACGGACUCGACGGUAACGAUGCACCGACGGCACGUGACUCGAUGGUUCGUCCGGAGGAGCGUGGCUGCGGUAUUUCGACGAAACAACUGUCCAAAAUUUCCGGCGGCCAACAGGCAGAUGCUAACGAGUGGCCCUGGAUGGUGGCACUGGUGAUGUCGCGUGCCUCGUUCUGCGGUGGUUCGCUCAUCACGGACCGGCACGUCCUGACGGCGGCACACUGCGUGCUGAACCUCAAGCUGACCCAGUUUGUCGUUCGGCUCGGUGAGUAUGACUUCAAGCAGUACAACGAAACGCGCUACCGGGAUUUCCGGGUGUCCGAGAUGCGCAUCCAUGCGGACUUUGACCAGAGCACCUACGAGAACGAUGUGGCACUGCUGAAGCUGAUCCAACCGUCGUUUUUCAACUCGUACAUCUGGCCCAUCUGUAUGCCACCGCUCGAUGAUAACUGGACCGGUUAUCAGGGUGUGGUGGUCGGUUGGGGUACGCAGUUCUUCGGGGGUCCUUACUCGCCCAUCCUGAUGGAGGUUAAGGUGCCGAUCUGGGCGAACCGGGAAUGUCAGGAGGUGUACAUUAAUCGGAUCUUCGACACGUCGCUGUGUGCUGGCGAGUACGAGGGUGGGAAGGAUGCGUGCCAGGGGGAUAGUGGUGGUCCGCUCAUGAUUCAGCUGCCAAAUCGCCGGUGGGCCGUUGUAGGUGUCGUGUCGUCUGGCAUCCGCUGCGGUGAGGCUAAUCAUCCCGGAAUCUACACCCGUGUCAGCUCUUUCGUUCGCUGGAUUGUGGAGAAUGCUACAUUCUGAAGCUGUUCUUCGGUUUCACGGUAUCAAAGGAGAGCUCCAGGAGUUAAUUGUAUUCCAAACGUCCAUCAUGGUCGUUAUGCUCACGUCUUGGAUCGGAACCAGAUUCCUUGAAUAAUAGAGAGGUCUGUGGAAAUACAUUAUACCA